GGGCCGCCCUUCUCUCGAGGCAGGCUCGGGAGGCGCGCCGCCGCUAGCCGGGCAUGGCCAUGGCGUCCCCGGCCAUCGGGCAGCGCCCGUACCGGCUCCUCUUGGACCCAGAACCGCCGCUCUACCUGCAGAGCCUGAGCGGCCCGGAGCCGCCGCCCCCGCCCCCCGGCCGCUCCUCGCGCCGCUGCGCCCCCGCGCCCUGCUCCACUGCGCCCGGGGCGCACGAGGGGCGCGGCGCCCGGAGGGCUGCCCGGGGGGACCCGGAGCCCCAGCCGCGAGCCUCCCGAACCGCCCGCCCUCUCCGGCCCGGUCUGCAGCAGCGACUGCGGCGGCGCCCCGGAGCGCCCCGGCCCCGAGACGUGCGGAGCAUCUUCGAGCAGCCGCAGGAUCCGCGCGUCCCGACGGAGCGAGGCGAGGGGCACUGCUUCACUGAAUCGGCGCUGCGGAGCGGCCGCGGCUGGUGCGAUCUGUGCGGACGGGAGGUGCUGAGGCGGGCGCUGCGCUGCGCUAACUGCAAAUUCACCUGCCACCCGGAGUGCCGCAGCCUGAUCCAGCUGGACUGCAGUCAGCAGGGGGGCGCGUCCGGGGACCGGCCCUCUCCGGAGAGCACCCUCACACCCACCUCCGGCCAGAAUGUCUGUAAACCCGCAGAGGAGACUCCGCGCCCGCCCACACUGCAGGAGAUCAAGCAGAAGAUUGACAGCUACAACACGCGGGAGAAGUACUGCCUGGGCAUGAAGCUGAGUGAAGACGGUUCCUAUACGGGUUUCAUCAAAGUGCAUUUGAAACUUCGGCGGCCAGUGACGGUGCCCGCUGGGAUCCGGCCCCAGUCCAUCUAUGACGCCAUCAAGGAAGUUAACCUGGCGGCCACCACGGACAAGCGGACAUCUUUCUACCUACCGCUCGAUGCCAUCAAGCAGCUACACAUUAGCAGCACCACCACGGUCAGCGAAGUCAUCCAGGGGCUGCUCAAGAAGUUCAUGGUUGUGGACAACCCCCAGAAGUUUGCACUGUUUAAGCGGAUACACAAGGAUGGGCAAGUGCUCUUCCAGAAGCUCUCCAUCGCCGACCGCCCCCUCUACCUGCGCCUGCUGGCUGGGCCUGACACCGAUGUCCUCAGCUUUGUGCUCAAGGAGAAUGAAACUGGAGAGGUGGAGUGGGAUGCCUUCUCCAUCCCCGAGCUCCAGAAUUUCCUAACAAUCCUGGAAAAAGAGGAGCAGGACAAAAUCCAGCAAGUGCAGAAGAAGUAUGACAAGUUUAGGCAGAAACUGGAGGCGGCCUUAAGAGAAUCCCAGGGCAAACCUGGCUAACCGGUCCUGCUUCCUCUUCUCCCAACGCCCGUGGAUUUAUUUUUACUAUUAAUUAUUUUGCAACAGAUACUUUUUCUCAGGACAUCUCUGGCGGGUGCAUUUGUGCCCACCCAGCAGUUCCAGAUGUGGCACAAAAUCUCUGAUGGCCAUGUGCGUGCACACGGGGUGGAGUCCUGCCCUUCCCCACCCCCACUGUGCCCUUCUGCACUCUUGCCUACGAGCAGAACUCAUGUCAAAGAACAGCCGUCGUCCUCGCAAUCGGCAAGCCUUUCACAAACCAAAUAGUUGCCUCUCCCGUCAUCAACACAAGCCGACAAAGGAAAGAAGAAAGGUUUUGGAACUCUGUGUUCUUUCUCUGGCUUUAAUUCUUCUUCAAUUUCUCUCUUAUUUGCCACUCACAGUACUUUAAUUUAUGAGUCAAAGAUUGUAGCAUACUCCUUUAGCAGUUCUGAGCUAAGCCCCGGAAAGCAGGAUAAUGCUCAUCACAGAUUGUUCGCCAUUGUCCCGAGGUGCCCGUUGCUCGUGCUCAAGGGAAAGUUGCCAGGCUACUGGCCGCAGAAGUCAGGUAAGGACCACCGAAGCUGAGGGUGGCUCAGGACUUCCAGAGAAGCUGCAGUCUGCCCGGGCCCUCUUCCCCCAAGAGUCUGUGCAUGUGUAAACCCAGAGGCAUAUAUAUCUGCGUAUGUCUGGUACUUAGCCACGUUUUUGUCUACAAUGGUGCGUUUAAGUUACAACUUCAAAAUUAGUGUUGCCAUCAUCUCACGAUUCCACCAAAAGGAAACCAGCCAUUUACCAUUUCAAAAGUCUCCUGCUGAGUAUGGAAAUCAGGCAGUCAAGAGAAAGCAAAAAGGCCUUGCAGAGAAAGGUGUUCAGCCUUCCCCCAGCUAGAGAGCCGGGGAGGGACUGGCUGCCUGGGUUUCCCCCUCGGCUUCCAGCACUGCCUCUCCCCUCCCAUUGGGGCUAUGGAAUCUCCAGGGGCUGCCAGAGGAGCUGCCUUGAUUCCAGAGUGGGGGUCCUCCAACUCAGCCAACCUGGAGUCCCUUGUGUCCUGAAGCUCGGGCCAGCCCCGUGGCACUGCACCCAGUGAGUCUGUGGGCUGGCCUCCUGCUGACCUCAGUGCCUUUUUGUUCUCAGAGAGAGACAGCAGCAGUGCACAUUUGCUUGAAGCUCUGCUGCUGGCUUGCUCUUGCUACGAAGUGAACCACACGAUGUGGGAGACAAGGCCAGGAGAGCCCUUGCUCCAAGUAUGGGGCAAGGGUCAUGACCUCCUUCCCAUCUAUGGUCCUGGGCUUUGACUUCAAAGAAGUGAUGUCAAAUUGCAUUGAUGGGGCAGGUCAGGUUCCCAACUCUACAUUUGUACUGGCUCCUUGUUUAGGUUCAGAUUUAAAAACAAACAAGCCAAACUACACAAGCAAGUAGCCAGGACUGGAAAAACACUCCAGUGCCGAGGGAGGACUUUUAACUUUCAAAGUUGGGCUGGUUUUGCAAUCUAGCCUCGGAGAGACCAUUUCUUUGCCAUCCUCUGCCUUCCCAAGUCCCUCUUGGGUUGGUUGGAGCCCAAGCUUCUUGUGUAGCCUCAGAAGCCCCCUCCCUGACCCUUACUGAGUGCACACUGCCCCUGAUCCCAGAAGGAAGGCAGAGCUGCAAAAGCAAGACAAGCCAGCAGCUCAGAAAGAUUUGUUACGCCACAAAAACCCUGGUUAUCUGCCAUCUCAUGCUCAGCCUUAUGACUUCCCUCCCUUAAAAACUCUCUCUCCCUGCUGUGUGUUAAAGGGAGUAGGGGGAGUCCUUUUUCCUUCCUGCUGCACGUCUUUUACAUUAACGGAAGGCAUGGCUCCCACCGUAACCGCUGUGAAUGCUGCUGAGAACCUCCCUCUGAUGGGGAUGGCUAUUUUAUUUUUUGAGAAGGAAAAAAAAGUCAUGUACAUAUAUACAUAAUGGCAUAUAGCUAUAUAUAAAGAGGGGUGUUUAUGAAAUAGGAAAAUUAUGGGAAAAUUCAGACUUUAUCUCAUGCACAGUUAGACCAGGACCCACACUGAGGUCCCAGCCUCUGAAAACAGUAUGUAUGCUACCCCUUCCCUCCCAGAGGCGGGCAUGGCUGCUGGUAGUGCCUUCUAUUGUGGUGUUGCCCAGUGUGUAAGUGUUUGUUUUAAGGAUACUUUCUUUGUUAAUGUCUUUCUUAUAUGCGUUUUUAAAAAAGUAAUAAAAGCUUGUUGCAAAAAUGA